AUGGGUUUACUGACCAUCAUUAAGAAACAGAAACUGAAAGACAGGGAGAUAAGGUGCCUGAUUUUAGGGCUAGAUAAUUCUGGUAAGUCUACGAUUGUCAAUGGAUUAUUACCUGAGUCGGAGAAAUGCAAUAGCAUCACACCCACUGUGGGGUUUCAGAUACACAGCAUUGUAGUAGAGAGUGCUCAGGACGGUAAGACAUACAAAGUGAAUCUAUGGGAUAUCGGAGGACAGCGUACAUUAAGACCCUUUUGGGAUAACUAUUUUGACAAAACAGACGUAUUACUUUGGUGUGUUGAUAUAGCCUCUUCACUGCGAUUUGACGAAUCAUUCAAUGAGUUGCGAGAGCUGGUAAUGCAAGAUAGGGAUAGAAUUGGUUAUCAAUGCAAGUUGGUCGUGGCUAUCAAUAAGAUUGACUUGGUAGAACAAGCAGAUUUAGAACACUAUGCGCAUGAUAUAGAACAAAAAAUUGAACAUAUUCUGCAUCAUGGACAGUCUGUUGGUGAGAGCUCUAUAGGCCACUAUGUUCUAUGUAGCGGGAAGACUGGCGCAGGCAUUGAAAAUUUAGCACAAAUGAUUGUUGACAGAGAGUAG